AGAAAAUGUUUUACGAGCGCCCCGAUAGUCACAUGCUUGAAUCUCGUAUGGGAUUUCCACAUGAUGGUAGUUAUGAAGACAUGUGCAAUAGCAAUGGUCUGAAGGAAGAUCACUGGCAGAAAGUUCAGAAUCUCCUGCCAACACCACCAUGUUCACCAGAAGAACUUUGCUACCAAGCAGGAUUUCCAGAGUUCAUGCCACCACCAGCACCACAGAGUAACUUCCAGCAAGGUCUACAAGUGGUGCCUGACGAAAUCCCAGAUGACUUGGUGGACACUGAGGUGGACUUGUUACCCGUACUGGAUAUCAGCGAUGAAGAGAUGCAGAAAUUAACAUCGCCUACGAUAUUUGAUGAUACCAUGUGGCAGAUGCAUUCUUCGCAACAACCACAACAAUCUACGCCACAAUGUGAAGUGUACGACAACAGACCGAUCAGCGUAAAUGAUGUGAACUAUAUCUCGCACGGUAUUCGUACUGUUCAUAUUUCGGAUCAAGUUGUAAGGUCUCCCGCGUACAGUCAAUCAUUUGUACUAACCGUCAAUGCGAACCCCAUUCAACCACUCAACACGAUGGGACACCUUAUCACGCGAGAAAUCCUAGCAACUCCUACGAAUUCUGGCAUAAUUUCAGGUACGUUACUACGCAUUUCGUCUCUCUUACUAUGAAAUGUUUUACGGAGAAAGCACAUUAAAAUAGCUCGUGUGUUCAAAUGAUGUAUAGCUAUAUAUUUAGUUUGUAAACGAACUAAAUUUUGUAAGUGUACUCGUAGUAUUUUCAAGUGUAUCAGUCCAUGUGGUUUAAUUAGCUACCAGCCUCGUUUACAUGUAGAGUAGAUGGCACGAGCAUGGCUACGCGUGCGAAGCUAAUUUUCGUCACUGCAGGGUAGUGCUAGAGUUUACACUCAAGGAAUCACCAUGCUGUUUCAAAAUUGUUGAUUAAGUUAACCAAUAUCAGAGGGAACACCUUGUAUUUGUAAACAUGGUCAUUCCUCCGUAGCUAACGGUAAUUACUCUCUUUAAAAUUUCUUGAUUGAAUCGAAGUCAUUGCGGUUAGACGAUGAGUCAUCGCGGUUUAUUCGCUGGAAAGUGUUCUGAAAUUGGCGGCCAAUAAAUACGAACUCAGCCGUGACCGUAAUUAUCCAAACCGCAAAAUCAACUCAGUUUUAACUAUACGAGGCAGUGUUCCAAUUUCCUAAAAGAAGUCUAUCAGCAGCAAAUUAUGUGAAAAUUUUAUAUUGGGGUUUGUGGGCAUAACAGGAAAUCCACACUUUAUUGUGUACUCAGAGCGUAAUGCGAUAGUUGUUUCGGCACGCGUGCACCGUACGCCUAUUGCUUUCGAAAUAGUUACUCAUUAAUGAAGCACUGCGCGCCUGAACACUUGCCAAAUAUUUUUCAAAUUUCUAUACAUGACUCUUAAUUAAGGAGAUCCUAGGAUCUUCCUUAGUCAUAGAAUUCAUUCGUUGGGUAGCAUAAACGUGAGAGUUUAUUACAAAACACAUAGUAACAUAUAGUCAAUUUUUCUGUCUGCGAUGAAUGCUUGGUCAGUUUAUCACAAUUAGAUGCAAAAUGAAAGCUGUAAAAAAAGUCAAUCACCCCUUCCUGUAUGAUAUUGUUGCUCUUUGUAUAAUAAAAGCCUAGCUCGUGUACACACUAUUCAUUUCUCCCUCGGGAAAAUUACUGAAAAUCAAGUUGGUCAUAAAAAGAUCAUUUUCAACCCGUAAUGGCAAAGCUUUUCAUUAAAGCUACAGCUAAGUGAUUAGGCACGCGUCGACACAUCUUAUUUGUUUAGACUUUGAUCUAUGCUUAGUGAUUUAUCUUCCUUAUGAGAAUCGAAUGUUUCCUGUCAGAAUUAUCAUGGCAAAGCAUUUCACAAGUUGAAGAUUCCUCCAUUAAAACUGAAACAAGAAAGACCACUUUCUUGUAUGUAUUUCUUUUCAGCAAAUUCGCGGUCUGAGGAUUUGGAUUUGCAAUUUUAGUUCCGCUCGAGUAAUUUUUCAUCUUAUAGCAACCGCGUGGUCAGCCAGCACUAACCUUGAACAUUAAGUUUAAUAUGCGUUAGGCAAAGAUUAAGUUGAUCGUUAGGCUUAGCUUGGCUGGCACUUUAUGAGUACGGACAAGGUAUGCGUAUUAUUGUAUGUGGGCCCAAGUCUUGUGUAGACCUGAUCACGACAGCGAGGUAUCGUUCUGUGUGUGGGGCAAAGCGUUCUUUGAUAAUUAUGAAUAAAAGCAUUUCCUAUCUAAUGCGAAGGAUUGAUAUUAACGCUUAAUGAAUCAGUUAAGCCUUUAGUUAAAGAGGGUAUCCGUAGAUUAACACAUCAGCUUGCUAAUAGUUUCCUUUUGAAGUUUAUUUUUAAUAAAGUUUUCGGCAGAAUUUCAAUAACAAGAAGAUUAAAAUGUUCUGACGAGAUGAACUAUACUUGGCUAUAUAUACCUGCAUGUAUAUCAAAUAGAGUACUUAUUUACAUAUGUGUUUUUCCUUCAUGAAUUUAGUCUUUAGAUCAAUUUUUGCAUAAUGUACUGACGAAAACCGUCAUUUUUAUAGAUUUCAGCGAAAGGGGCAUACAUGCACUCUUCAUAACUCCAAAGUUGAUUGUAUGAAAUUUUAAAUAAUAGCUCAAUUUAGUCCGGUUGUGAUGCAUGCAAGAGCACGCGGUAUGUAACUGAAAAGCUUGCUAUUCCGACAGUGGCCCUGAUAGUUUGCAGAAUGAUGUUCUCUUAGUCAUUUACAGCCAGGUCCGAGUCUUAAGCUCAUCUUCUACGCAGGCUAAUAUAAACCAAACGUCAUCUGGAUAGAUCAUUCAGUAUGCCUUAUAAACAGGAUAUAACAUGAUAUAAUAUAGAUAUACUGUUUACUGGAAUAUGUUAUGAAAUGAAAAAAGUGCCUGAAUAGUGAAUAAGGACAAAAGUCUAAAAGUCUUAGGAUCGUUGAUUUUAUAUUUAUUAAAUACCUACUACGUGCACAGUAUAUUUUAUAGUAUAUAAUAUAGGCGGGCAAUAUACAAAGGAGACUUUAGUUAUUAGUUACGAGUUUUGUUGAUCUUAUUGUUGACAUAUACUAAAGAAAACAGCUGCUGUGUUAAGCAUAUGGCCCCAUCUGAUUAAAAUGCUUAAUAAAAAGCAGGAAUCCGCUUAAAAACUCGAAUGUGCAAUUUCAUUUGUACAAUACAUACAAUCUAUGAUCAACUCUCUCACCGAAUUUUCAAGCUGAUGUCGAGAGUAAACUAGCAUUUCACAAUAUAUGACUAGGCAACUUUGUUGUUAGUUGAAAAAUAAUUUGUAACUACCAGUAAUUCAAAUAUUCAAUACAUUAGUGACUGUGCCAACACCUGUUCUGCAAUCUAUGGAGGGAUUAUUCAAAUUCUUGAUUCAAUUCAUUCAUUCACCUUGCUACCAUGGCAAUAACGGCAUAGCAUUACUUAAUUGCAUCUAUCCACCAAUCAUAUUACUGGGCGUUUACUCUUUGUCAAUGAUAGCAUCUUUUGAAUGAGCGAGUAAAAUUCUGACACGCACUCAAUUGAUAAACACUUCAUUAUACGUUGCCAGUUAUAUAGUGUAAAUAACGGAACGGAAACCAGCAUUGAAUUAGAGGAACUGAACAGUUUAGAGUAGAGGUAUCAAGAAAAGCCGGAUGAGAUUUUCCCGCUUUUAGACAAGCUGAAUGAGUUUUAAAAUAAACUGAUUUAAUUAACUAAACAUCAAUAAACUUUUUACUCCGGGCCAUCCGUCUACUAGUUUUAAGCUGUUUCCCCUAGACAUCAUUAAGUCUCAUUCCCUAUAUUGUUUAGUGUUUCCACAGGAAGAAUUCGGACUGUAAUAAUUAGUAUAAAUUCAUCAUGAAAACAUAUUCUGACUUAAAAACUAAAAUAAGAAGAUAUUAUCGGAAUCAACUGAUCCAGUAACAACGGUAUAAGUCGGAACAAAGAAGACUGUGCCAUCAAAACUCCUCAGACUCGCAAUGACUGAAUCAAUCACCUGCCGCCUGUCAAUCUCAUGUAGCAAAUCUGAGAACUUGUUACAAAUUCAUUUUUGAAAAACGUCAAUGUUACAUGUAAAACCUUAAACUAUCCAUCACGGAUGGAAACUACAGUUGAUCAUAUGGGAAUCUAGGACAUGCUGAAGACCUGCAGCUAUCUGCACGGUGCUUUGGAGUGCAGCUUUAAAUAGAUAUGCAUUUACAUUUAAACAUUAUUCUUUUGAUGUAAAUUAUAGUGGUUUCCGACAUAUGUAGUGCUAAACUAUGUGGUUUAUAUGCAAAUAUGCUACUUGCCGUUGGGUUUGUAUACAUUUUCAGAUGAGAUGGAGUAUAUUACAACAUGAAUUUUUCAUGAAGCUUGUCAGGGGAAUUGGUUGAAUCCAAGGUCCAACGUGCAGACCAUUAUAUCUUUCGUACAUACAUACAUACAUGCAUGCAUGGAAAGACAGCAAUGUUAUGCAUAUUAUUCCCAGUAAGAAAUAGAGCAUACUAAUUGCUAUUUGGCUGAGAUAUCGAUAGAGUAUAACAUAUGCUUGGCCCACGAUUCACUUCGCCAACGCCUUCAACUUAAUAUACAUUGUAGGGACCGUUCACACCUAGCGCACAUUGAGAUCGAUCUAAAUCAGAAGGAUCUCAAACCGAAGCCGGUUCCUUGGACCUCUUGUGCACUUUCCAUACUUGCACAAAAACUUGAAUGAGUUAACUAUACAGUUAACUGAACAGGAAAAAUGGGAGCCGGCUAAGCAAGAAAUUAGCACGGUUGUCAAACCUGAACCGAUCUGAGACCACUUCUUGAGGUGGUCUACUUUAGGUCGAUCUGGAAUCGGUCGCCGAGCUCGUCAUGUUUGGUUGUCCACUAAGUCCAUUUCGAUCGAUUUAAAUCGUCUGUGUGAACGCCCCCUAUAGCUAGCGAUUUAAAGUAUGACAAUUGUGAACGGCUCCUCCGAAAACGAAGAAAUAUUAGUCAUGUGCAUACACUUGCUACUACUUUCGUAAAUAUAUACAGUGUAUCAGAAAUUGCAUGGCAAGUUCCAGACACAAGAAAGCUGUAGUAUUGGCCCAUGUAAAUAAAAUUCCCGAAGUAUAUCAUAGUCUUAAAGUAUAUAGUAGCCUGCCUCCACAAUUGCCCCCGCAGUUGAUUCUAAUAAUCCACCGCACAGCUUUUAGGCGUGGUUAUACCACGGAUUUUUUAAGAAAUGUGUAUGCCCAUACUCGAUUUGAGUAGAUAGCUAGUGACAUGCUAACUCUUGUGUCUAUUUUAAAUACAGUUCAGCUUUGUAUUCGACCUCAUUAAUUAGCAGGACUGACUUAGCAAAAGUAUCAUUUCAUUUAAAGUUUUAAUAUAUAAAACAGUGUGCUGUAUCUUAAUUACGUCUUACACUUGACUGGUAGUACUAUCAAUAGCAUAUCUAAUUAUCGCGGGAAUCUACAUAGUAGAAAAACAUAAUAAAGAUAUAUUGCAGUGAUUACGAAAGCAAUAAGACACGUUAUGACGACAUAUAUAGGCAUUGAAAACUUAUUUCACUUUCUGUAAACUGAUUAUAAAUUAUGAAUACAAUAGCUCGAGCAAGCCAGAAGUAAAAGUGAACUUGGAUUGGUUGCUUUUGCAAGAAGCGAAGAUACCGUUUUGUUAAUUAAAACUGAAGUCAUAAAUCAAGUAGGAUUUUGAACCGAUCGACCGUUAUUUUAAAAAUUACUCAGUUGUAAAAUGAAUACAAUCCGACACAAAGAAAGGAGACCACCUGUUGGUAUAGUCAUAAUGUCUUAAUGAACUAUUCAAAUUAAUGAAAAAUAUAUUUGCACAAAUAGAUAUCAAAUAGCGCGAUAUUGAGUAAUUAGGGUAAAGCUUUAACUUUUAAAUUUGAUAAAAAUUCAAGUAAAUUUAUAUACAUUGAUAAACAAUUGAUAGUAUUAUAUCGUUUAUGGAACUUCAAGAUCCUACUUUUACAAAGAUACAAAUAUAUAUAAAGUAGCAAAUAUUAAGGUAUUAAUUUAUAUUUUCUAAUUUUUAGAUCCGAAUUAUAUGAAUGAAAGGGUAAAUCUAGUCGGUCCAUUCGAUCUAACAAAUCUACAAGCACUUCCCGAUAGUCCAUCGAAGCGAGGCCGAAAGAUCCGGCGUACCAUAAGUCGGGGAACACAGGAGACGAUAAUCACCGAAGAACCCGCGGACGACUCCGAAGACAGCGAAACAACAAGAGCAACUCAUAAUGUCUUAGAAAGAAGACGACGUGAAGAACUGAAGGAGAAAUUUCAACGACUACGAGAUUGUCUACCGGAGCUUCAAGAUAACGAUAGAGCUCCUAAAGUUCUCAUUUUAAAGAAAUCGUGUGAGUAUGUGAAAUAUUUAGAACAAGAAGAACAACGAUUGCUCGCUGAUAAAGAACUAGAAAAGCAAAGACUACUUAUUUUGUUGAAAAAGCGACAUAUGCUUGCACAAUCGUUUCUUUCCAUGCAAUGUUAAUGACUGUGUGUUUGUACAAUUUUAUAAAUUUUCCAGAUAGAUAUAUAGCAUAUUUUUAGAAUUAUAACAAAUUUUUUUAUUUUGUCAACAUUUUAUAUAUUCAAAUACAACACUAGAUAUAUUGUAAGACGGGCGGGACAAUAAUAAUGAAAGCGGAUAUCGUCAGUUCUAAAAUUAGCAUAGACCGUUAACGACACGUGGCCGUUAACGUCGAGAACAAAGAACUUGAAAACCUAUUCAAAAACGUGGCGUGUUUUCGUGAGAAUAUUUCAAUAUAACUAAUUUUAGCGAAUAGCGAUAACUUAAUAGCGUCGAAAUACUAUUACUCAUUUAUUUUCAAAUAGCUUGUUUGGUACUCAUAAUGAGUUACGCCGUUCCAAAAAGAAGAAUUAAACAUACAAUUAGCAUAGAUCAUACGAUCUGUGGCCAUUUGGCUCGUGUUUAUUUUACCCGUCUUAAACAACCCUUGAAAACUGUCAAAUGACUUUGCCCGUAAGUCAAAUGAAAAAUUUAGACUUUAUGAGCCAUUGACGACAUUUAUGAUCAGCACUGGUAUCCAUUUAAUCAUGAGACUCGCGACCGUAUCAAGUUCUGACUGAUAUAACAUGUACAGACUGCCGAUAUGUAUUUCUACAAUAAAAUCAAGUGCCGAUUUACAUGAAAAAUACAAGAGUGAUUCAGACUAUUUUGCAUCGUUGAGAACGACAGUCACAAAAAAUAGAAACCAUGGCCAGGUUUAACGGUAGUUCCAGAAACUGUACGGAUAUUUUAAUAGUAUGUUAAUAUGCAAUUUUCGUAUUUGUUUCACGAUUAUCUAAUUCAAAAACAUUUUAAUUCUUCUGAGACAAAGACCUGUCAACUUCCACACUGAGUUGUCAUAGAGCUUGACACGUCCGUUGACGUCAUAUGACCGAAGUUGUUUCAUCUCGCAUAAAGGAACAAGGAGGUUUUUCAUUAGGAAAGUGAAAUAUAGUACUUGUACGAUACUUGCGUACAUAAAUAUAACUAUAAACCACUAACUAAAUGGAAAAUCUUGUUGGAAGUGAGAUUAUUUCGGAUCGAGAUGCUCCUUUAUGUAACUUUUUUCAGUUUUUGUUAAGAAUGGAAAUGUACUUCUACUACUUCCCUGAAUGAUUUUUCCUUGCUUCGCUCAAUCCCGUAGAGAAAGGCAUGUUCGGUGGAAGGGAAGUUAAUCUUGCAUGGAUGCCGAUAAUAUCCUUGAGUACAAUUUCCUCAAUAUAGUAAAGUUAUUCAACAAACCACGUUGCUCUUUAUGUCGUCAAGCUCUAAUCAUAUUUAAAGUACUUAAACUCUUGAAAUACCACGACAGCUAGGAAUGUUAGACUUCCUCAGUCGGGGGCAAAAAUACCCUGAUCAAGGGCUUCCUUAAAUAAUGGUCGUCCUUAUUUGGUAAAAUAAUUGUAACUAUCGAGCCUAUUAUUUGGCAAAUAACUCGUUUUCACAAAAAGAUCCAAAUUUUCUUCACCAAAACAUUAAUAAAAUUACAUCUGCACUUUUUAACAUCCGGAAUCUCUGCAAAUAUUUAUAGUCACUUCCUAUAUAUAUAGUUGUGUGUGUUUUAUGACCUUUUAUAGCUUCAGUGCUCAGAAUAUGUUUGUAUUUCCUUGCUCAUUAUGAUAAUUAAUUCUGCAGUCUCAAUAUACCUAGUGUUGUUAGUUGCUUCUACUCGAAGUUCAUUAAAUUACAAAUUACGCAUAAUUUUCAGCUUAUUACUGAUAUUGCAUGACACAUUCAAAAUUAUAUGUACAUUUUUUUAUAGAAACAGCUAGCUAAACUUAGAAUGGACACUAAACAUUAUAUAUUGUACACAAUUUGUACAUUUUUCAUUUGUAAAUUUGAUUAGCUUUAUAAAAUUUAUUGAAUUGCUAUUUGUAUUUCUAUAUUAUAGUCUAUAUAUAAAAUAUAAACGCAUUACAUUUGCUAGCGUUGACUUCAAAGUGCAAAGUUAUUAUAGGUUUAAUGUUUGAUGUUAGUGUCAUCAUGAUUUGUACACUCACAAAAAUUGUAACUGUAAUUUAAUCUGUAUAGAAUUUUUGAAUUUUAGAAUUUAAUAUUCGUUUGUAACUGUAGAUAGGUAGCUAUUAAUUAUUCAUUGUAACUUUUUAUUUUCAUUCAUUGAUACGUGUAAAUUAAUUGUUUAUUGUGAUAAAAAAUUGAA